AUGAGGGUUGAUACGCCGAGUGGUGAGGCGGCUGUCGGGUCGGACGCACCGCGAGAAAAGGGCAAGGCGUCUCCCGAAACUCUGAGGACGGGCUGCAUUGCCUGGGUGGAGAAGGAAGGCCAACCGCGGCGAGCCGAGAUCCUCAGUAUCAAAGAAACGAAGAGUGGCAAGCAUUUCUAUUGCAACUUCGACAACUUUAACAAGCGACUGGAUGAAAAAGGGCAACCUGAACGAUUCAAAAUCCAAGAAAGCGCCGUCAGUACAAACGAAAAAGGCCCCAGUUUCGACGAAGGCACAAAAAACGCCCCGGAAAGAGGGGAGCAGUCGGUUCACUCUGAGGCCACAACUCCUCAUCCUUGGACAGAAUUCGUGGAGUCUCAAACCCGAAAAUCAUCGUCGAUUGGACCCGAUGGCGAUCCCCAGACAUUCACCAGCGUCGGGGCUAGUGCUACGCCGGCCGCCACCGACGAGCUGGACGCGGACGAGGAGGAAGUAAGGAAUUAUGAAGAAAGCGGGUUCAGUCGCGAAGAGGAAAUCGAGAAGUUGAGAACCUCAGGUUCUAUGAGUCAAAACCCCGCCGAAAUUUCGCGAGUACGAAAUAUCUCGAGAGUCCAAUUCGGGAAGAACGACUUGUUUCCGUGGUACUUUUCCCCCUAUCCAGAAGUGUUCAGCCAGGAUGACGUCAUCUUCAUCUGCGAAUUCUGCUUGAGUUACUAUGGUGACGAGAAGGCAUUCCUGCGACAUCGCAGAAAGUGCACGCUGCAACACCCACCGGGAUACUUCUCCAAAGAGAAGGAGAGUGCGGACGGAUACAACGUGGCUUGUAUCAUGACUCUGCCGCAGCACCAGAGGAAGGGAUACGGAAGGUUGCUGAUUCAGUUCUCAUACGAGCUAUCCAAGAUCGAAGGCAAGCUAGGAUCACCGGAAAAGCCGCUUUCAGAUCUGGGCCUCUUGAGUUAUCGCCAGUACUGGUCCGAAAACAUACUCGAUCUGCUGCUAGGCUACAACGAGCGAGACGACAGAGUGACGAUAGAGGUGAUUUCCAAAACUCUAGCCAUGAUGACUCAGGAUGUCGAACACACCCUGCAAGCAAUGAAUAUGCAAGUCUAUCACAAGAGCGACCACAAGAUCGUCAUCCCCGACAAGCUCAUCAAGCAAAGGGAGAAACAGAAGCAGAAGCAAAAAAGAUCUCUCGACCCGGCCAGGAUACAGUGGAAGCCGCCAGUGUUUACAGCCUGGAGCCGGACGUGGGGCUGGUAA